AUGGACAACUUUAGCGUUAUGGUUUCAGAGAACAACAACAGCACAGUGGUCAUGCCGGUGGCUAGUACUUCCAUAGAUUUGGAAAUCUUUGAUCUCGACGAGGUUCUUACGAUGGCCGCCGGAGAUUCAUCACCUUGCCUAAUUGGGGCGUGGAAGGCCUUUGUCUCGACUUUGCCGGCGGUUGUGGAUGUCGCAGACGGCGAUGUGUGCUCUGUUUGCAUGGAAGGAUUUGAGCGACAGAGAUCGCCUGAUGGUAACAAGCGAGUCCCUUGCGGUCACGUGUACCAUUCAAACUGCAUCACCGUGUGGCUGCAGAGCUGCAACUCUUGCCCUCUUUGCCGCCGCCAUUUCUCCCUUCACCGCCACUAA